UUUGAAAUUCUCUACAAAAGUCGAAAGUGAAAACACAUUCUCAGUAUUCAGCGCUGUCUAUUAUUCCUUGAUGAUCAUCAUCAACAUCAAAAAGAGGAAUAUAACUCUCUCAUAAGCUGUAGCGAUAAACAAGCAUCAACCCUCUCUCAAACAAAGGUCAACUCAAACCCCCCAAACAUUCCCCAAAAAGAAAUGCAGCAACAACCAACCCCCACCUCCGAUUCCGAUCUCCCCCGCCUCGCCAACAUCAAAAUCAAAUCCUCUUCCCCUCGUUUCCCGCCUCCUACCACUCCUUCCACCACCGAUACCCCUACCGCCGGUGCUCAACGCAAGAUCGGCAUCGCCGUCGAUCUAAGCGACGAAUCCGCUUUCGCCGUUAAGUGGGCCGUCCAUCAGUACCUCCGUCCAGGUGACGCUGUCAUCCUUGUCCACGUCCGUCCCACUUCCGUCCUCUACGGCGCCGAUUGGGGCUCCGUCGAUCUCUCCAUUGUUGAUACCGAAAACGAAGAGUCUCAACGAAAACUGGAGGAUGAUUUCGACACGUUUACUACUACUAAAGCCUCGGAUAUAUCUCAGCCGUUAGUUGAUGCUCAGAUUCCGUUCAAAAUCCACAUCGUUAAGGAUCACGAUAUGAGGGAAAGGCUAUGUCUCGAGGUGGAGAGGCUAGGGCUUAGCGCUGUAAUUAUGGGUAGCCGAGGUUUUGGGGCUACUAAGAGAGGAAGCGAUGGAAGACUGGGAAGUGUUAGUGAUUAUUGUGUGAGGCAUUGUGUUUGUCCUGUUGUGGUUGUUAGGUACCCGGAUGAUAAGGAUAGUGGUGCAAAUGCUGUUGCUGAGCCCGUGGUUUCUGUUGCAUCAGCUGCUGAAGAAGAUGAGGAGGACGCUGAGUACCAUGAUGCUUCUGAUCAUCGAAAAGAUUCAUAGUGAAGUUGGACUAGAUCUUUCCUCGGCUGCAUUAGUGUUGACCAGCUUCCUUGAUUAGGCCUUUUGUGAUGCCUGGAGUCAUAUUAUGUAAAUGAAUUGUGGUAGCUUGUGUCUCUCAACAUCAACUUAUUACCGUCUCCAGUUGAUGAUUGUAUCUGUUUUGGUUGUCAUCUGCUGAGUGUUUUUACUUGAUUGCCUUUAGGUAUUUGCGGUGCAAUCUAAACUCUUUUAUAAUGUGUCGACUAUAUGCUUGUGUUGUUUAUCCAAUUCCAAAUCUGGUCAUGCAUUAAAAUUGUCUGUAUGGAUAGAAUGUUUAGUGUGUCAAGGUAUGUUGAGCAUGUUUGACUGGCUA